AUGGUUUGGAAGCAUGGGGGAACUGAUACCGGGAUUACAUUUAAUCGCAAUAUUGAAAGUUGGCGAUUUAAUCGAAAGUAUUUUGAUUAUGUGGUGGCGAAUCCUUCGUAUCUUCAGGGAACAAUUGAAAUGAUGCAAGAAUUUUUCAAAGAAAUGCAGCAUUAUUGGAAGGAAUUGGGUUCAGAAUAUGUUUUGGACUUGCAUGCUUGGGCCGUUCGAGAACUCGAAAAUACGCCGAUCGAUGAACCAUUUAUAAUGAAUUUGUUAGUCGCAGCAAAUACAGAACGCGACCCGAAUAAUUUAGACAAACCUUUGACUGAUGAGUUUAUUCGACUGUGUCUGCCUUCAUAUUUAUUGUUGAAUAUGUCGGUAGAUAUCCAGAAGUGGAGGCAAAAAUUAGAACUGAGAUUAAUUCCUUUUUUUUCGGAUAAUUUGAAUCGUGUUGUCACCUACGAUGAUUUUAACGAAUUCAAAUAUAUCGAGGCUGUAUAUUAUGAAACGAUUCAUAUCAACACAGCAGUGCCAUUUAUGUUCCGUACAAAUCAACGCGAAGAUAAAAUAACCGGAUAUCGAUGGAAAUCCGACACACAAUUCGUG